UUUUUCUCUCUUCAGCUGAGGCCAUCAUGAAACCUGGUGAGAUGUGGAGGUAAAACCGCAAUCGAUUCGUGCCAUUGUUCCGCGCACACACGCGCUCGGUGUGAGUCUCUAUUGUGCGCGGCGCGCAGAUGGCAGAUGCAUCCGGUUCCAAGCGGACUCUGUGCCGGGUUUUCGUUCCUCCCUCUUCAGAUCAAUGAAGUCGCGUCGUCAAACUCAUCGCGCACACAGAGCGAGUGGCGCGGCGCGUCAGUCAGUCAGAGGAACCGCCGCGUGCGUCACGACCGGGAUCGAGGAUGGAGAAUCGCGCUGUUUAACGGCUCGGUAACGCUCGCGCUGAUCGUUUCCAUUCAAGGGAGCGCCGGAUCCUCAAUCGCGCGGAUUGAUUGAUUGAUUAAUAGCGGAUUUUGCAGUGAUUUUGACCAUCAUGGGCUGCGUCACUGGAGAUAUUCACCGGAGCAGCAGACUUUACGCACUCCUCAUCGGGCUGCAUGUUCUCACCGGUGUCUCCAAAUCGCAAGGCUCGGACGCCCGGCGGUCUUUCGUGGAGCUGCGGUUCGUGCUGGAGCCUCAGGACGCGGUGACGGUUCGGGGCGGUGUGCUGCAGCUGGACUGCGAGGCGCGCUCGGAUCAGGGCGUUCCGGUCAUCUCCUGGAAGAAGGACGGCGUGCUGCUGAGCGCGGUGGUGGACGAGCGCAGACAGCUGCUGUCCAACGGAUCGCUCCUGGUGCAGAACGUGCUGCACUCGCGUCACCACCGGCCGGACGAGGGCUCGUACCAGUGCCUGGCCACGCUGGAGGGCCUCGGAGCCAUCGUCAGCCGCACCGCUAGAGUCACCGUCGCCGGUAAGAGAUGCUAACUCCUCACCUUUCACUGAGAUCAAAAGAGGUCACCCAUGAGAUUUGCUUAGGUCCAGUGAGAGUAAAUAAAGAACUGGUUAUUUCAGUAAGUUUUGUAUAGUAUUUUCUUUACUCUCUACUUUCUAAAACUGUGUCUGAAAAGGGUAAUAUUUGAGGUGUGAGAUAUGGGAACGGUGAAGAGAGAGAGGACAAAAGUUUUGCAUUUUAGGUCAGCACAGUCUGUCCUGAUCGGCUGAUGGAUGAUUUGUUGGUUCUUCAGAGAGAGUUUGAGAUUCAUAUCAGGUGCACGGAUAUAGAGGAGUCAGAGGAAAUAUAGAGGAGAUCAU